GUCCGGCCUCACAGCUGCGCUUCUUUGCAAGACCUUUUUAUGCUGCUUGCUGCUCUAAUCUUAUGUGCUAGCCGUUAGCUGUACGGCCUGUCGCCAUGCCCCAACGAUUGCCAAUCAUUAUCAUAGCAGCCCUCUGCCUCAUUCAAUCUUCGAUUGCGCAAUACCCCCCACCCGUUACCUAUGAUACCGUCCUAAAGUCGCCCAUCAAUCCCAACAUAACCAUCUCAUUCAAGACACCUGACAACGGUACAUGCGUGACCGCCUUCCCAUACCAGAAACAGUACACGGGCUACGUCAAUCUUCCUCCCUAUACACUCACGCCCUAUCAGCAGAACUACUCAAUAAAUACCUUCUUUUGGUUUAUUGAAUCUCGUGAGAGCCCGGAAACAGCACCUCUCACAAUAUGGCUCAAUGGCGGACCGGGGAGCAGCAGCAUGUACGGCUUGUUCGCUGAAUCUGGGCCUUGUGAAGUUGUCCAGCUGCCUGACGGUAGCUACGGGACACAGGCUCGGCUGUGGGGCUGGGACCGCAGCUCCAAUGUACUAUUCAUUGACCAGCCAACACAAACGGGAUUCUCGUACGACGAUCUAGUAAAUGCGUCGGUUUCACUCAUUGACAAUGAACGGUAUGAGCCUCCAAAACCUCUUCCCAAGGGUAUGUCGCCGUUUAUGUUCCUGAACGGUACCUUCGCCUCAGACCGCGAAGGACAGACCCAGAAUACAAGCACCAUCGCAGCAAGCGCAUCCUGGCAUUUCCUGCAGGGCUUCCUUUCCACUUUUCCGCAGUACAAUCCUGGCGUCCAUCCAAACAAUACUGUCAUAAAAGCGGCUGGAAUUCACCUGUUUGCUGAGAGCUACGGCGGCAUGUAUGGUCCCGCUUUCGCCGACUUCUUUGAAACGCAGAACGCAAAACGCGCUCGCGGGGAGAUUUCAAACAGCACGCUGGAGAUCCAACUCGCGUCUCUUGGUAUCAUCAAUGGAAUGCUUGACACGCUCAUUCAGGCCCCGUGGUGGCCCAAGUUCGCCUAUGAGAACACUUAUGAAAUACGAGCCAUCGACCAGACAACAGAGCUCAACAUUCUUAGUGAUUUCAGACGGUCCGGCGGCUGCAAUGAGUUGGUUGAGCGCUGCCGUGGGAGCAUGGCAACUCUUGAUCCCCUCGGCGAAGGGGAUGAAAAGGACACCAACGAGCUCUGCUCCAAAGCUCUGCAGGCGUGUAGGUCACUUCUGGCGGCGGCUCUUGCUCCAGGUAGAAGUCCUUACGACAUUCGUAACGAGGGUGUUGAAUUGUUCCCUGGUGGUUUCCUGGAAUAUCUGAAUACGGCUGAUGUUCAGAAAUCUAUCGGUGCCAAGGUGAACUUUACGGCAGAUAGCGAAAGCGUCCUCAAUGCUUUUAUCAAGACUGGCGACGAGAUUAGAGGGACCCAACUUACUUCACUCUCCAAACUGCUUGACAAAGGCAUCCGUGUAGCAUUCAUAUACGGUGAUGCCGAUGUUAUUUGCAACUGGAAAGGAGGCGAAGCUGUUUCCAUAGAGCUAGCCCGCCUCUUACCCGAGUAUGGCCCGAAAUUCCCAGCUGCGGGCUACGCCGACAUCGUUGUCAACAGUUCCUACGUCGGUGGGCAGGUUCGUCAGUUCGGCAAUCUCUCCUUCGCUCGCAUCUAUGACGCAGGGCACACUGUACCUGAGUACCAGCCAGAGACCGCCUUCACUGUGUUUACUCGCAUCCUCAAAGGCACGGAUAUCGGGAUGGGCAAAGAUAUCGAUCUAUCGGAAUUCGAAACCAAGGGCCCAUCGGAUUCGAAGCACAAGAACAAAGUGCCGGAGCUGCAGAAACAUACCUGUUGGAUCAGGAACUUCGCGCAAACAUGCAACCAGGAUGACGUGUCGGCGAUGUCCGAGUCGAAAGGUGUUGUAAAGUAUGGGGUAUUCUACGCUGAUGAAAAAGACUAUACGCCUCUUUCAACUUCUGUCCUCGCCGGCAAACCUGGUAGUCCUCCAACGGCUACACCUACACAGGCCCAGAUGAGCACAUCUACUGUCCCUCUUACCGGUGUCUACACCGCCUCAGAAACACCAAAAGUCACUUCUGGUGCUUCCAGGUUAAGUAUACCCUUUCAGGUGCAAAAGAGGCAGGACCUCUCUCCUUUGAGCAAGAUCGGCUCUACUCCAACGAACGAAAGAGCGCGAACCGGCCGUCUCAAGAAGUAUCUGAUCAUCACAGCAGCUACGUUUGGAACUCUUCUUCUGGUGUGAGUUUCAAGAAGCGCGCACAAGCUCACUCCUUCGCCCUCGCAUGCAGCUCUACUGCCGCUCGCUAAACUGGAUAUACACGUAUCGCCGCGGUCGCUUAUGCAUCAUACGCGUUUGCCGCCUACGAUCCCGGGUAGUCAUUCGCUGCAAGACUGUCGACCAAAUUGGUGCAGCGAAAGAGGUUCCAUCUCCUAUCGACGUGCCUGCAUCCCAUGUCUGCCAUUUUCCCCAAGAAAGCCGACGCCGUGAAAACAACUCGUCAAACCUGCACUCGGACACCAGUC